AUUCAAAAUGGCGGACGGAGGAGCAGCGAGUCAAGAUGAGAGUUCAGCGGCAGCGCAGGCAGCAGCAGCAGAUCUUUGAUGUUUGGCAGGGGUACCGGGAUCUCAAAGCCAGCAGAACAGAACAGAACUACAAGUCUUUUGGCAGAUGCAAGAAUGAAUAAUCCGUCAGAAAGUAGCAAAUCAACAGACAGCGGGGAUGGAAACGCAGGCACACAAACGAACGGUCUGGACUUUCAAAAGCAAGCAGUGCCUGUCGGAACGGCUAUCACGACAGCCCAAGCACAGGCCUUCCUCGGACACCUCCACCAGGUCCAGCUUGCUGGAACAAGUUUACAGGCCGCUGCACAGUCCUUAAAUGUACAGACAUUAAAUGAUGGCUACCAAUACUAUCCAGUAAACCCAGCAACUGUUCUAAAGACUAAAUUUAAAGAAGAACCUGGGGAGCCUCCGCAGCCAGUCCAGCCUUCCCAGCAGCCCUCCCUACAGGCGGCCAUACCCCAGACACAGCUCAUGGUAGCCGGAGGACAGAUCACUGGGUUAACACUGACGCCGGCUCAGCAACAGAUGUUGCUACAGCAGGCACAGGCACAGUUGCUGGCCGCUGCAGUGCAACACUCCGCAAGCCAGCAACACAGCGCGGCUGGAGCAACCAUCUCGGCCUCUGCUGCUACUCCGAUGACACAGAUCCCCCUGUCUCAGCCGAUACAGAUUGCACAGGACCUGCAGCAGUUACAGCAACUUCAGCAGCAAAAUCUUAACCUGCAGCAGUUUGUAUUGGUGCAUCCGUCAAGCAGCCUGCCGCAAGCGCAAUUCAUCAUCUCACAGACGCCGCAGGGGCAACAAGGCCUUCUGCAGGCACAGAAUCUCUUAACACAGCUACCUCAGCAAAGCCAAGCCAACCUCCUGCAGUCUCAACCAAGCAUCACCCUCACCUCACAGCCAGCAACCCCCACGCGCACAAUAGCUGCGACCCCUGUACAACAUCUUCCACAGAGCCAGACGACACCAAAGCGAAUCGACACUCCAAGCCUGGAAGAGCCCAGCGACCUGGAGGAGCUCGAACAGUUUGCAAAGACGUUUAAACAGAGACGCAUCAAACUUGGUUUCACUCAGGGUGAUGUGGGGCUUGCUAUGGGCAAACUCUAUGGAAAUGACUUUAGCCAAACUACUAUUUCCCGCUUUGAAGCCUUGAACCUCAGCUUUAAAAAUAUGUGCAAGUUAAAGCCUCUCUUGGAAAAAUGGCUUAAUGAUGCAGAAAACAUCACAUCAGAUUCUGCUCUCUCGAGCCCGAACAUCAUGAACUCCCCAGGUCACGGGAUCGAGGGACUAAACCGCAGGAGGAAAAAACGCACCAGCAUUGAGACCAACAUACGCGUGGCCUUAGAGAAGAGUUUUCUGGAGAACCCAAAGCCUACCUCGGAGGAGAUUACCAUGAUUUCUGACCAGCUGCACAUGGAGAAAGAGGUCAUCCGUGUUUGGUUCUGCAACCGACGUCAGAAGGAGAAAAGGAUCAACCCUCCCAGCAGUGGAUUAUCCGCUUCUUCUCCUAUUAAAGCAAUGUUCUCAAGUCCGACUUCUUUGGUGGCCUCUACACCAAGCCUUGUGACAAGUACUGCAGCAAACACCUUGACUGUAAACCCAGUCCUCCCUCUAACCUGUGCUGCAGCAGCAGUCACCAGCUACUCUGUCCCAGGCACAACAGGGACUCCCACUGCCAACACGGCAACUGUGAUAUCUACUGCACCUCCAGUAUCGUCUACCCUGACAUCCCCGUCACUGAGCCCUUCCCCGUCCGGCUCUGCAGCAGCUCCUGAAGCAUCUAGUGCUAGCGAAACCAGUACAACGCACACCACCUCCACUCCACUCACUUCUCCAUUGAGCAGCGGCCAAGUGAUGGUGACGGCUUCGGGAAUCCACACAGCGGCCACAGCACUACAGGGAGCAACGCAGCUGCCCUCCAACGCAAGCCUCGCUGCCAUGGCCGCUGCAGCGGGGCUGAACCCUGGGCUGAUGGCACCCUCGCAGUUUACCGCUGGAGGUGCCUUAUUUAGUCUAAACCCAGGGACUUUGGGGGGCGCACUCAACCCUGCUCUGAUGAGUAACAGCACCCUGGCGACAAUACAAGCUCUGGCCUCUGGUGGAUCUCUUCCAAUAACGCCACUGGAUGCUUCUGGGAACUUGGUGUUUGCCAACGCAGGUGGAACUCCUAACAUUGUGACUGCUCCCUUAUUCCUCAACCCUCAGAACCUUUCCUUGUUCACCAGCAGCCCAAUUAGCCUGGUCUCUGCCGCAUCCGCAGGGGCUGCCACACCCAUCACAAGCUUUCACGCCGCCACCUCCUCAUUCGACUCCAUCCAGAACUCUCUCUUUACAAUGGCCUCUGCCAGCGGACCAGCUUCCACCACCACCACCACAUCCGGCUCCAAAGCACAGUGAGCUGAGCCGGUGCGAUCACUUCUGCUUUUUUUGGCUAGUGAUCAAACGUGUUAAGAAAAAAAAACAAUGUGGUCUGCUCCCGCUUAAAUGAAAUAAAAUCGCGGGGGAGAGAAAAAACUAAAAAGACGAGAAGAACAAAUAAUGGACAUUUUGCCUAAUUUUAUAAUGAACAUUCUCUUUUCAGGAUGACCACUGAUCAGAGAACUUUCUAACCAAAAAUGUAAAAAAAAGGAAAAAAAUUACAAAAAAAAAAAA